GGCGGGCAGGAGCCGCACGCCAGCCGGAGCGCCCGCGCCUCCCUCGCCUUCCCGGCCCCACACCCGCCCCACUGCCCCCCGAGACGGGGCCGCGCCCCUCUGCGGAGUAUGCCGGCUGCGCCCUGCGCCCGCGGCCCCGGGCAGCCGCUGCUCUCGGGGACCCCGGGCGGCCGCCGGGCGCGCUGAGAGGGCGCGGGAGGUGCUGAAGGGACAGCUCCCGGGUGCAGCUGCCGGCCCGCAGCCCCCUCACCCACAGCCCCUGCUGCAGACCCCCGCUCUCAGACCCCGGCUCGCAGCCCUCUCCCCCUCCCGCAGCCCACGCACCCACAGACCUGUCACCCACAGCCCCUGCCGCAGACCCCUGCUCUCAGACCUCCCCCCACCACAGUCCCCUCCCAGCCACAGUUCCCCCCCCCCCCCAGCCCCAUAGCCCGCUCGCGAAGUCCCCGCAGCCCCCGCGGCCCCGCGGCGAGCCGGGCUGGCUCAUGGUCCACCCAGCGGCGGGCUGGGCGGAGGCUUCUGCAGCCGUGCCCACCGGGUGCCCCGUGGUUGAGGCAGCCCCCAGCUUCCACCGCGUUCAUGGCGGUGGCCAGGAAGAUCAAAACUUUGCUGACGGUGAAUAUCCUGGUGUUCGUGGGCAUCGUCCUCUUCUCCGUGUACUGCCGCCUGCAGGACCGCUCCGAGGGGCUGGUGCAGGCGGUGCGCAGCGCCGACCGCCGGGUGCGCAGCCGGCUGGCCAAGGCGGGCGCGCUGCUGGACCGCGAAGCCAUCCUGCAGCGCCUGGACCACCUGGAGGAGGUGGUCUACAACCAGCUGAACGGCCUCGCCAAGCCCAUGGGUCUGGUGGAGGGGCCGGGAGGCCUGGGCCAGGGUGGCAUGGCAGCCACUCUGCAGGACGACAGCCAGGAGACGGAGGGCAAGUAUGAGGAGUACGGUUACAACGCUCAGCUGAGUGACCGCAUCUCGCUGGACAGAACCAUCCCCGACUACAGGCCCAAAAAGUGCAGACAGAUGACCUACUCGCAUGACCUGCCCCAGGUCUCUGUGGUCUUCAUCUUCGUCAACGAGGCCCUGUCGGUCAUCCUGCGCUCCGUCCACAGCGUGGUCAACCACACGCCCCCCCAGCUGCUCAAAGAGGUCAUCUUGGUGGACGACAACAGUGACAACGUGGAGCUCAAGUUCAACUUGGACCAGUACGUCAACAAGAGGUACCCAGGCCUGGUGAAGAUUGUGCGGAACAGCAGGCGAGAAGGCCUGAUCCGGGCACGGCUGCAGGGCUGGAAGGUGGCCACGGCCCCCGUCGUCGGCUUCUUCGACGCCCACGUGGAGUUCAGCACCGGCUGGGCCGAGCCCGCCCUCACGCGUAUCCGGGAGGACGGCCGGCGUGUGGUGCUGCCGGCCAUCGACAACAUCAAGUACGACACGUUCGAGGUGCAGCAGUACGCCAGUGCUGCCCACGGCUACAACUGGGGCCUCUGGUGCAUGUACAUCAUCCCCCCACAGGACUGGCUGGACCGCGGCGAUGAGGCCGCACCCAUCAGAACCCCCGCCAUGAUUGGCUGCUCGUUCGUGGUGGACCGGGAGUAUUUCGGGGACAUUGGCCUGCUGGACCCAGGCAUGGAGGUGUACGGUGGCGAGAACAUUGAGCUGGGCAUGAGGGUGUGGCAGUGCGGGGGCAGCAUGGAGGUGCUGCCCUGCUCUCGCGUGGCCCACAUCGAGCGCACCAAGAAGCCCUACAACAACGACAUUGAUUACUACGCCAAGCGCAACGCCCUGCGGGCGGCUGAGGUGUGGAUGGACGGCUUCAAGUCCCAUGUGUACAUGGCCUGGAAUAUUCCCAUGACCAACCCAGGAGUGGACUUCGGGGACGUGUCUGAGCGGCUGGCCCUGCGCCAGAGGCUGAAAUGUCGCAGCUUCAAGUGGUACCUGGAGAACGUGUACCCUGAGAUGAGGACUUACAACGAUACCCUCACGUACGGAGAGGUGAGAAACAGCAAAGCCAGUGGCUACUGCUUGGACCAGGGAGCAGAGGACGACGACCGAGCGAUCCUCUACCCGUGCCACGGGAUGUCCUCCCAGCUGGUGCGCUACAGCGCAGAGGGUCUGCUGCAGCUGGGCCCCCUGGGCUCCACUUCCUUCCUGCCCGACUCCAAGUGCCUGGUGGAUGAUGGCAGGGCACGCACACCCGCCCUGAAGAAGUGCGAGGACGUGGCCCGGCCAGCCCAGCGGCUGUGGGACUUCACCCAGGACAGCCCCCAGGCGCCCAUGCUGACUCAGUUUCCCUCCCCUGAAGAGCGGCCCCAUCGUGAGCCGCGACACCGGCAGGUGCCUGGAGGUGGAGCUGUCCAAGGACGCCAACUUCGGGCUGCGGCUGGUGGUGCAGAGGUGCUCGGGGCAGAAGUGGACCAUCAGAAACGGGAUCAAGCAUGGGCGGCACUGACCCCGGCCCUGGCCUCCCCCAACACCGACGCCGAGGGCCUGGGACAGCCACCCUGAGUUACUGCCCGGAGCCGGCUGUGCCCUCACACAGGGAGGCUGGGACCUCCCGCCUGCUGGCGUGUGGUUGGGUCCUGUCCCCUGGGACGGCGGCCUCCCUGCGUGCUCUGGAGGACGAUGCCGGGAUCGGCCCCCACCUGGAGCAGAGCCCUCCCAGCUGGGGUCGCUGACAGCAACUCCAACUCCAAACCACGUGCCUUUCCCACGGGACUCUUGCCCAGCCGCCCGAACAGCCACCUUUCUGCAUGUGCUGAAGCCCCUGUAUAGCCCCCAGGCAGAACUGCCCCCUGUGAACUCAGAGGGCGGCGGGCUGCCCCUUGCUGCCCUUCUGUGGUCACCCCAGCGGACUCCAAAAGCAUGAAGAGCGGAGCCUCUCCACCUGUGGCUGGUGAGACGGGAAAUGGGACGCCAGCCGCGGUGUCCCAAAGACAGCCCAUGGGCAAUGUUAGGAGAGGGCGCCCAUGUGACUGCUUCAGUCCAGUGAAGAGUGGGUUAAAGGACACAGACCUGUGUCUCGUCCACCGGAGUCGGAGCCGGUCGGCUGGCCAGGGGAGAGUCCCUGUCCCAGCGUCUCACCCAGCAGGGGUCAGCCAACGAGCACCCACGGCCCCUCACCUGUUUUUAUAAAUAAAGUUUUAUCGGCACAUGGCCACACCCUCCCUGUUGAUGUACUGUCCACGGUCAGAUGGUGGCUUUCAGCUCCGGGGGUUAAGCCAACCCCCCACACACCCUCCAGGGCUGUCCUCGGGCCUCCAUCAUUGGUGGUGGGAGAGGGACGGCAGUCCCCGGGGUGUGAGGGCUCCGACCUGCGCUUGGGGUCAAGGGGGCAUUUGUGGUUUUCUUGCCCCAGGAGAAGCAGAGCCUGCCUUUCACUGUCCUCCAGCCCUGGCCCGGUGGCACACGCCCUUCCCUGGCACCCGGCCCACUGGGCAUGCACCCCAGCGUCCCCUCCUCCACUUCUCCCUGGGGAUCCUGACCCCCCCAUUCCUUCUGGCCUUGCCUCCUGCACCUGGGAGAAGCUCAGCAGAGAAUUCUACUGGCUCCAACCUGUAUCCCCCCAAACUCUGUUCCAGAUUUCCCCAAAAUUUUAAGACAAUGAUGGAGCAAAGAGCUGGUGGUGAAUGAGCCUCAAAAGUCAGUUGCUAGUGAAGGACCCACGUGCUGGGUCCACAGAGUCCAGAAGUUUCCCCAUGCAGCACUAUUAGGGUGCAGGGUAUACAGGCUGGGGUUUAACAUGGAAGAUACCGCAGCCUCAAAAUUACACCCCACCCUCCAACUUACACACGUGUGUCACGGUUCAUUAGGCAAGUUGACAGUCAAAGGCGGCCGGUUUGCAGCCCGCACAGGAUCUCACGGAAAACCUGACACCUAGAAAAGCCCUUCUCAAUUCCUCCACAAACCUCCGUCUCGGAGGUGGUACGUCCCAUGUUUGAAAGCCUGCUCUGCCCGUCAGAGUCCUGCUGGCACCAGGGCUUGUGAGGGUGGAAGAGGUGACUGGGAGGGGACACUGAGCUGGGUCCCCGGGCUGUGGGACAGGCGGUCACCCCUGUCCUCUGUGGGGAGGCGCCGGAGGCCCUCUGGCGUGUCUCUGAGUCCACUGUAACCGAGGAGGAACGAAACGGCCUUGAUAGAACACGGUCACGGAACGCUCUUAUUUUUCCAGUUACGCACUUCAGUCCUUACCCGCCUCAUGAGGCCUGGCUUUGCCAGAAGAACUGCCGGGGAAUCCUGGCGCCAGCUCAAUGUAAAGAGCCCCCACCCAAACGUGGGCUGGAAAGACGGAGCAGGACGCCACUGCGCAGUUGCAGCUCAUGGCCACAUGGUGGCGCUGCUGAGACGCUGCCCCGCGCAGUUUUGUGAUGGACACUUGGUCGGGCCCGUGGGACGUCAGGACUGGUCUGGACCCGCGUCUGCACCGCACGCGCGCGCGCCCCACGCUGGGGCACCUCCCAGGUCUUUCCAAGUCAUGGUGACAUGCACUUCCAUCGAAGUGUCCUGGGCUCAGAAGCCCGUCCAGCCCCAUUUCCUGCAGCCUCUAGCCUCUAGCUUCUUUUGCCUAAAGACACAACUGUUUUUCUUCUUUGCCUGUUUUAACAGCACACACUUUCCACGACGCAGGUCCGGGAUUUCACACCCCAAUCCUACCUUCCUUCCACUCUGCCUGGCCACCUAGUUUUUUGUUUGUCUGUUUUUGUUUCUUUUUAAACAACAGUCGUGUUUUAAAUGGCCAAGAUACAAGCAAAUAAAAUUUAAUAAAACUUAA